UGUGAUUUUCUCUUUCUCUCUUCUUUUUCUUUGGUCCUUUUUUUCUUUCUUUCUUUUUUACGUGUUUUCAGUCAUGGCCAACAUUCCACCUCAUUAUACUGAUCGAUUCAUAGUACAACGAUAUAACAAGGCGUUACACUUUGUUCAACAUUUACCUGCGACUUCCAACUUUCAGCCGACAAAGAGUCAAAAAUUAGAAUUAUAUUCACUUUAUAAGCAAGUAUCGCAAGGCGAUAUUAAUACACAAAGACCUGGUUUAUUUGAUGUAGUCGGUCGAGCCAAAUGGGAUGCCUGGAAAAAGUUAGAGGGUAUUUCGGUGUUGGAAGCAAGGCACAUUUACGUUGAAGCACUUUUACGAGUGGCAGCCGAGGCAUAUAAAAAGAAUUUAGGCCGAGAAGAAGCACAACAGAUCAUCCACACAUUUGCCAUCAUGAGACCCUCAGGCGAUGAUGAUAGUGAUGAUCUUGACACGGACGAUACUUCGAAUCAAGAAGAUGAUGAUGAAGAGGAAGAUGAGGACUCAAGUAAUGCAGAAGAACAAGCAUAUCUUCGAGCUAUCGAAAGUAGUAAUAGCUCAACACAGCCCCAAGCGCAAGACCGGUAUAAAUUAACAUCACCCGUUUUAUCAAGAUACAAUCGACCUUCUUCAGUGGCAUCUGUACAAACAAUGGUGACUGCGCCAACAAGUAUGCGACCCCCUUCCGUAGCGACCAGCACACGAUCCAGCAGCCGACGUACUGAGAAAAGACCCUAUCAGAUGACAGAUUCACGGGUGUCACCUAUCCAAGAUAGUUUUAAUGAAGAAGAGCUUGAUAACAGUGUGAAUCCUUGGCAACAUCUUUCAGUCAAUGAUCAACGCAAUGGUGGAAGCAGUCAUAGUAUAGAGCAUCCACUUCAGACGUCCAAAAGAACACCUCAAUUAAGACUACCUUCACCCAUGUAUCAUCGCCAACAACAACAACAACAACAGCAACAACAACAGCAACAAAGGCUGGGCUCUUUAGGGUCGCCACCCCUUUAUCCCCAACUUGUGAAUAGACCCAAUUCAAGUGCUUCAUCAUCUGUUACUGCAACACCCCAAUAUAAUAUGCUGAGAGAACAGAACGUGUAUACACCUUCAGAUUCAAGGUCAGUUAGUCGAAGUCAGUAUACUUCAGUUGCCUUGGGACCUGCUACGAAACGUGCCUUAGAAUCCUUACAGCAAGAGAUUAUUGCGCUAAAUGAUCGCAUAGAUGAUUUACGAAAAGAGUUGGUGGAAAGGGACAAACAACGAGUUGUGAAAAAGAAAUCGGACGAUGAAGUAAAUGAAGAAGAGUCGGCCGAUAUGGAUGACGGAUGGAAAUGGGUGAUAAAGGCAGCCGUUAAAUAUGCUGGGGUAAAUCUGAUGACAGGACUUUUACUGUUUUUCAUCCUUUAUAAAAGUGGGAGUCCCAUUGCUUAUGCUGUAUUGAAACAAACUGGUAAAUACUGGCAUACAUUCAAACUUCGAGUGUUGAUAAGCAACAUGGUGGUUUAAAUAAAAUUAUUUCGAAUCAAACUACUGUUUUUUGAAUAUGAGUUUGCGUUGAGAUAAAAAUUAAUUUGCGCUGACAUUAAAAGAAUAUUUACGUCAAGGUAAAAAUAGUUUUGCGUUGCUUAGUAAUAAAUUUUGCGCCAAGAGAUUAGAAAAAAAAAUAUAAAAUAACCUAAAAUAUCGCAAAGGUUUCGACU